UUUUGUUUGAAGCGUGCAUUUCCGUGGCUUGAUGACAUCAUGUCCAGAUAUCACUCCCCUCCUUUCCAGACACUCUUCUUCCUCCCUAUUUUCCUCUUCACCCUCUUCCCUCUCUCCCUUCUUUCUCCUCUUCUUUCUCAAUCUCCUCUCAGCUGGACCUCACCUCAUGACCCCUGCUACCACCUGGAUGGGCGUCCACGCCACUGCCUAUCUGAAUUCAUCAAUACGGCCUAUGGGGUGCCUGUGACGAUGGAGGACCUCCAGCAAGGACCCAAGACAAACAUCAGCACUUUAACAGAUCUUCAUAACCCCCACAAUCUCACGUGCUGGACAGCUGCCGAAGGCUCAGGGGGUGGGGAUUGGACUUUAACAGUUCCCCUAGGCAGACGCUUUGAAAUCACUUACAUUAGUCUUCAGUUCUGUCAACAGGUGGAGUCGGUGGAAUCCUACUCCAUGUCCAUCUUGAAGUCAAUGGAUUUUGGCCGGAGCUGGCGCCCCCUACAGUUUUAUUCAAGCGACUGCAUGGGCACAUUCGGCCGCCCUGUACAGUCCAUCGCUCAAACAAAGCACCAGGAGACGGAGCCGCUGUGUUCAGAUCCCAGACCAUUGCAGAAGCAUCGUGGAAAUGCCGCGCUGGCCUUCUCGACUUUGGAUGGACGUCCUUCCUCGCCAGAUUUCGAUUACAGUCCAGGGCUACAAGAUUGGGUGACUGCAACAGACAUAAGGAUAGUAUUUAAUCAGUCCUUGGAUAAAACGAAAAAGCAAGAAGAGAAACUGAACGAAGUGGGAGGCACAUUUAGAUGGAGGGAAAGGGGAGACAACGCUCUGAGGUUUGGUGAGAAAAACACUGGCGUUAAGACAUCUGAAGUUUGGAGAAACAGGCAAGGAAAACAGAAUUCCACACAGAGAAUUAGAAACAAAAGCACUGUGCACCAAAGUGGCCACAAUGUUACACGAAAGGAGAUGGGACCUCAAGGUAGAGUGGGAAGGGGACAUAAGAAGGACAGUUACAAGCCAUGCCAGGACGGCACAUGUGAUUGGUCCCUAAAUAUCCCGCAGCAAGGCUCCAAAGGGCGAGAGUUGAGGAGAAGAAGAAACAAUGCAGGGAGGGGGAAGUCCCAUUCUAAAUCAAGAAAAAACACCUCACGCAACCUCGUUUCAUCAUCUCUUUAUGCCCCAUUGAAACCCUCUCUCGCCCUUUCCGACCUGCAGGUCGGUGGCAGGUGCAAGUGCAAUGGCCACGCCUCUCGCUGUCGACGCGACAACCAGGGGCGUGCCGUGUGUCAAUGUGAGCAUCACACCUCUGGGCCGGACUGUGAUGUGUGUGAGCAAUUUUUUUACGAUCGCCCGUGGCAACGGGCCACACCCAGCCAACCACACCCGUGCGUCCCAUGUGAAUGUAACAGUCACUCAACUAAGUGUAGGUUCAGUAUGGCCGUGUAUCAGCAGUCUGGUCGAGUCAGUGGAGGCAUUUGUUUGAAGUGUCGGCAUCACACAAUGGGACACCACUGCCAGUUCUGCCAGAACGGAUAUACGCGAGACCACAGCAAACCGCUCAGCCACCGCAAGGCCUGCCAGCCAUGCAAGUGCCACCCCAUGGGUGCAGUGGGCCAUUGGUGUAACCAGUCCACAGGACAGUGUUUGUGUAGAGAAGGUGUCACAGGACAGAGGUGUAACCGUUGUGCCCCGGGAUACAAGCAAGGUCAUUCCCCUCUUCGGCCAUGUAUCCGUAUUCAGGAGUUUGCACCACCCACCCCAGUUUACCAGCCUCAGUACAGCAUUGGUGAGGAAUGUCUUUCUUACUGUACCCCUUCCCAAGCAAGAGUCAAAAUGAAUUUAGAGACAUAUUGUCUCAAGGACUAUGGUGAGGAAUGUCUUUCUUACUGUACCCCUUCCCAAGCAAGAGUCAAAAUGAAUUUAGAGACAUAUUGUCUCAAGGACUAUGUCAGUUUUUCGCAUGGGCUCUUCACGUGUAAAGCGAGGCAUUCAAGCCCUCUGGGUUCCAGAUCGGGACCUGAGCUGCGGUUGUCCUGCGCUUCAGAUAGGCCGCACAUUCCUCCUGAUUGGAGGGGAGGAAAGCGGCCGGAGUUGGGUCCCCGAGGAGAGGCGGUUAGUCGCAGACCGCACCACAAUGGCUUUGCAGUGGAGGGAACACUGGAGCCCCAAAUUAAGAGGCUUCCGCGGCCAGGACACCCGGGGAAAGUGCCCACAGGGAAACACCACUGCACAGAAACACUCUCACCCAAGCUCAUACGAAGAAUACACACCCCCACAUCUUAA